AUGAGCUUGCAGCCAAGGAGGGAAUUGAAUAUUGUCGUUCUGGGCGCCGGUAAGCAGCUUCCCAACGUCGAAUUGUGGCUUGAACUGACGGCAGCGGUGACAGGUGGUGUAGGCAAAAGCUGCCUCACAGCUCAGUUCGUUCAAAAUGUGUGGAUCGAAAGCUAUGAUCCCACGAUCGAAGAUUCGUACCGGAAGCAGAUAAACGUGGACGGCCGAUCGGUAAUGCUGGAGAUUCUCGAUACCGCAGGUACGGAGCAGUUCACGGCCAUGAGGGAGUUAUACAUGAAGCAGGGACAAGGCUUUUUGCUGGUUUUCUCUAUUUGUAACAUGAACUCUUUCUACGAACUCUCCGAACUCCGAGAGCAGAUCAUUCGCAUCAAGGACGAUGACGAUGUGCCUCUGGUGUUGGUCGGCAAUAAGUGUGAUAUGGAGGAAGACCGCGUCGUCUCACGAGCGAGGGCUUUCCAGGCAGCUCAAGGCUGGGGCUCGAAACCGUAUUACGAAACUUCCGCUCGUCGCCGCACGAAUGUCGAUGAAGUCUUCGUCAACCUGUGCCGCCAGAUCAUUCAGAAAGAGAGCGGUGGCUCUGCUGGCUUUGGGGCAAAUCCAGACUCACUCUCCCGAACGAGAACACAACGGCACGGUGAUGAUCAACGAUACCGCAGAAAGCGCAACAGAGACCGCUGCGUGAUUCUGUAG